UCGUGCGGAACGAAUUCGUUUGUCUAACUGUAAUAAUUAGUUUUGUUAAGAUGUUAAGCAACUAUUUACUGAAUCAACAGAAAAUCAUUCUUAUUAAAGACCAGCUCGGAAUCGAAACCACCGCUCAGAAGAUAGUCACCAUAUGGUUGCACGAUGGCAAAGGACCGGAUGCCGUUCCGAAGCCGGUCGAAUCCUUAAAUGAACAGGAACAGUACCUUUUUGCUCGGAUAUCCAAACUGGCUCGCAUCAAAAAUCCACCGGAAUUGUUCAAAUUCGUACAACGUUGCAAACGGAACGAUCUGGUCCAGUACCUAUUCCUGUGGGCCACGGAAAAAAACAUUUCCCAGAGCUUCCUGCUGCCGUACUUGGAACAUCAAAGCGAACUGAUUGUGACACUGGAAGACGAGCGACAUCUUUCGAUUUUGGUUAAAAAAUCUGGCGGUUCGGUCAGCAACAAGCGCUACCAAUACCAACUGCAGGAGGGCACCUUCUCGACGAAGGAGUUGAAGAAAUCCGAUCGGGCCAUGGUGACUUCCGAGGUAGAGUCGCCCAGCAUUGAUCCUGCCUCGUUAGGAACGUUCAAAAUCGGUGAUCUGAACAAAGAGGAGCAGCAAGCGAAGAAAGCUCUUACGCUACCGUUUGAGUUCUUCAAAGCCACUGCCGAAGGAGGACGGGUCCUUUACCAUCCGGAUGCGCAGGACGAUCUGGACGAAGAAGACCCGGACGAUGACUUGUUGAUAUGAAUUGAAUUGAUUGAAACGAUCCAUUGGUUGUUAUCGAAAAUACAUUAUUGUACAGCUUUAUUAACGAGGCGA